AUGCUUCCGUCUCCUACUACCAACGUCUUACCUAAUCACCGAACAACAGAAGAAAUGGAUACUGAUAAAGCAUCAAAUCUAGAAAAUUUACAUGAUCAUAUUCGUCUAUGUUAUACAAUUGAUCAAUUAGCUGAUUUGACAGGCAAUAUUGAAGAUGAUCAUAAAAUUAUUUUAAUUAAAAAACAAAUACGUUCAUUAUUAAGACAUUUAUCAAUAUUUAGUUUAAUUAAUAAUAGUAGUAAAUCUUUUCGAGAUUUACACGAAGAUUUGUUGGAAUAUUUGUAUUUAAAAUUACUUCGUGAUUUAUUAAUGAGUAUGGAUACACAAACAGAAGAAUCAAAACAGGAAAUGAUUAAUUAUUGUCGUUCAUAUUAUCAUUAUAACUCGACAUGUUUAAAACAAAUUGAUAAAUUUGAAGAAAAUUACAAAUCAUCUGAUGCCAUUCAUUGGUUUACAAAAGAUUGUUUUCUAUUUCGAUUUGUUAACAAAGCAUUUAGAACUGAAGAUGUUGAAUCAUUAUUUAAACUAAGAUACUUUCUUGUUGAUCUUUGCAAAAAUU